AUUAACUCUCAUUUUACAGAGACGGAGGUGGGACAACGAAAACUAUGAAGCAGUAUGGUGGAUGCUUGGACUUAGAAGUUGUCAAGUGUACUUGUUAAAUACCACCUGAGUGUGAGUGAUAGUAGAAUUUUAUAAGAUAUUCAUAAUGUCAGAAAUCAAAAUACCAGAGUCUCUUCGUGAAACUUACGUAGUUAAAAAUUUUCCAGCAAUCGUCGUUGUAACAGUUAUGUCAACGAUACUUCUUAAUUACGUUUGGAAUGGAAAAAUCAAGAAAAGAAAGGUUAAUGACAGCGCUGUGUUGAUAACAGACUGUGAUUCUGGAUUUGGUUGGGAAUGUGCUAGACGACUUGACAGAUUGGGUUUUCAUGUUUUUGCUGGUUUUCGUAACCCUCAAGAAGAUCGUGCUUUGCGUUUGCAGGCUAAAGCCUCAAGAAAUCUUCAACUUGUUCAGUUGGAUGUCACCAACAACGAAGAGGUAAAAAACGCUGCAAGGUUUGUUCAAGAAAGGUUGCCUCCAGGAAUAACAGGACUUCACAGUUUGAUCAACGUUUCUCGAGACAUGCUGCAUGGACAUUUCGACUGGUAUACAUCAGAACAAUGUCAAAGAAUUAUAGAUGCUAAUUUGACUGGUGUUGUCCGAGUUACAAAAUGUUUUUUGCACUUACUGAAACCCAUACCGGGUCGAAUUAUUAACAUAUCGAGUAUAAACGGAAAGUUCCCACUGCCAGAGAUGUCCGUCUAUACUGCGGCCAACUUCGGCCUGGAAGGGUUUACCAAGUCAUUGAGACACGACCUCAAACCCAUGGGAAUUAAAGUCACUGUCAUCAUACCAGGAGAAGUAUCAAGAUCUUCCUUUGGUGUUCAGUGUCAAAAGGAAGACAUGGAGAUUAUGUGGGAAGAGAUGAAUGAAAGCAACAAACGUCACUACGAACAAUUUUUCAAGGAAUGGAGACGAAGAAUGCAAGAUUCACUGAGAAAAGAAAACAUCGUUUCUAGGAAAUUGCUGAAGAUUUUUCUUGUUGAUCUGGAGGAUGCUUUGUUUUCCAAAAAUCCACAAGAUCAAUACGUGAGCGUCACGGACCCAUUUCGAACAGUGUUAAGGAUACUAAAGAUCCUGCCAAGUUGUUUCCGGCACAAAGUCGUUCGACUACUUACAGGUGAAAACAAGAACACUCGAAAAAAAACUCUUAAGAACGAUUAGAGUUUAUUUUUUAUAUCCUUUUUUCUUGUAUUUUACUCAGUGCUACAAAUUACUUUAAAAUACUCAAUUUAAUUUUAUAGUUUAUCUAAUUAAACGUUUUUCUUUUAAUUUUUAGUUAACUGUGUUUUAUUGCAACACCGAUUUUUUUGGAUUACAUCAAGGAAAUAAAUCAAUUGUCAUUUGAUAUUUUUAAUUCCAUUCAUUUUGUUUCAUUGACAUGAUGUAAUGUGUUUUAGUUGGGUGCUGGUUGGCCUUAUAGUAGUAGAGCUCUGAAUACUUGAAGUGAGAAACCUAUUUUGAAGCCUUGUGAUAUUGUAUGAGUGUGUAUAAGAGUGACAUUCAAUAUUUUAGCGUGGAUAAUGGCUGUUAGGGUGCUGCUGGCUGGCUUCCUUCCAUCUUGACAGUAGUUCAAAAUUAGAAGGUAGCGGAUUGUAUUUAUGUUUCUGACAAAGCUACUAAGACUAAGUUUCUCUAUUUGUUCACGUUAGAAAGCUAAAAUUAUUCUUAUUCAACCAAUACCUUAAGUCGGGUGUUUCAUGAAGCUACAACUUCAAAGGUGGUGUUUACAAAAUACCAUCCGUAUUUCUCAACUAAAUAUCUUUUAUUGCACAGCUGUUGAAAGGUAUGAAACAACUGGUUUACCAUUUAAUUUUUUCCUAAACACUAGGUUUUUGUCUGCAAGUAUGUUCGGGAUUACUUUAUCUCACUUAUGAAAAAGUUGUUGGUCGAUUUUGGUGAAAUCUAUAUUUUGUAUAUUCAAAACUAAAUCAUUUUCUAAAGCAGUUGCCCAUAACAAUAUUUAUCAGUGUUUUGAAUGUAUUUUUGCAUAACACUGCAAUACUAUCGUCAUUACUAUAAUAAUUAAACUGUCGAAAGGCCUUAAAAUAGACGUUUUUUUAUUAGUAAAUGUCAGGUAAUUUGUAGAAAUCAAUAACUAAAAACUAAGAGGUUUGAGAACACCACAGGAAUUUAUGAUCAUUAGGAUACCUCGUUAAUUUCUCAACCAAUCUUUUUUUUUUUUUUUGAAAACGCAAAUAUAAUUUCACUACUAUUUCAUGGUAUAUUCAUCGACAGCGUAAAAUGUCUUUUCUAAAGCACUAUCUUUAACUAUUCUAUAAAAUUGAAUGCCUUAUGAUUUAAAAAUAUCAAACCAAUGAAAGAUGCAAACACUUCAUUACCUGUUUAUUUUUACAUUGCAUU